AGGUGGGAGGAGUUGACUAGACACUGAGUGACUCAAGCAGGUUUACUUCUUCAUUCAUAGGAACUUCUAGGGAAAUCUUUAAAUCUGCAGCGGAGGGCAAGGUACAACCCGCUCAUUCGCCACAGAAGUGGAGCUGGCUCAUGGUUGGAGUCUGAGAACCUGGAUUUAUUCCCAGUUCAACAGCUGGUUUGCUGAGUGAGCUGGAGACCUGUGGGCCUCAGUUUUCCCAUCUGUAAAGUGGGAGCUUUUCCAUCUGAUCGUCUCUGACCUAGAACUGAAGUCUGACCUUACCCUGUGCACCUGCCCUUGUGGGCAGACCUACAAGGGUUGGUUCUCCCGACCUAGGAAGUUUGGGCUGAGCAGGCAAGGUACCCAAGACUUUGGAGAAGGGGAUUCUGGCCCCCUCCUGAGAUCUGGGCUGGGUUCUGCUCUUCUUACAGGGGAUUUACCUGAAGCUCAGGACCAGCAUCAAUCUUGGCUACUUGGGCUGUGUCUGAGGAAGCAGGUCACCAUGGGCACAAGGUGUGGAGGAGCCUGGAAGAGGUGCGCACAGCCUGAGCUUCUUGCGUGAUCCCUACAGCAGUCUCUGAAGUAGGCUGUCCCAGGGCCAGUGGCCCAUCCUACACGUGGGACAGUUCAAGAGGACUCCAAGGGAAUUCUGUGUGUCUGAACGGGGCGCCAAGGACUUGUGUAACCUGGGAGCUGUGGGGAGGGGAGGCCGGGUCCUCAGCGCAAACCCUCCACAGGACGCAGGUACUCUGGGGCCGGAAGAAGGAAAGAGGGUCCCCUCAGAGCACCUGGCCAAAAGAGCUCAUCGCUGGAGCCAAAGGACUCAGCCCAGCAGGACCACUGAGACCCCUUCAUGGUGGCUGACCUGGGAGUGCUGGCCAGCUGCCAUCAGACCUUCCUCCAAAACCUGCCACAAGUCUCACACUUCUAUGCGGUGAAGUGCAACAGCAGCCCCUGGGUGCUGCAUGUCCUGGCUGCCCUGGGCACCGGCUUCGACUGUGCCAGCCAGGUGGAGCUGGAUCAGGUGUUGGACCUUGGGCUGGCCCCCUCACGCAUUAUCUAUGCCCACCCCUGCAAGCCCAUCUCCCACAUCUGGUAUGCUGCUCUCCAUGGGGUGUAGCGUAUGACCUUCGACAAUGAGGAGGAGCUGGUCAAGGUGGGCCAGCAUUACCCCGGGGCCAGACUGGUCCUCUGGCUGAAGACCAAGGACAGCGGGAGCACCUUCCUCCUGAGUGGCAAGUUUGGGGCCAGCCUGAAGGUGUGUGACCACCUGCUUACGUCUGCCAAAGACCUGGGGCUGGCGGUAGUCAGAACCAGGUGAGUGAGCAUGGCUGCCCCGGACUGGGAGGCAGGAGUCCUGGGGUUCUACCCUCCUCUCCUGCAUGGCCUGUUAUUGGCCAUGGCUCUCUGGGCCUCCAUGCUGCUCUGUUUGUCUGAAGGCACAGGAGUUGGAUGUUAUCCCUAACUAGAGUGAGCGAGCAAGGCACUGGCCUCAGGUGCAUAUCCAAAACUUUAGUACUCGAGAUAAAUGAGCUAUUAAAAAGCAAUUAAUUUAUUGUUGACAUUUUAAUAGACUUAAUUUCUUUAGAGCAGUUAUUUUGGUUUACAGAGAAAUUGUGCAGAAAGUACAGAGCCGUAUGCCCCUCGCCCCUCCCCCCACUGUUUCUCUUGCAUUCCUCAGGUACACUUGUUACAGUUGUUCUUAGGUGCUGUGCAGUCAGCUCUGAUUGUUAGCAACCCUAGGUACAGCAGAACAACCCUACGUACAACAGAAUAAAACACCGCCCUGUCCUGUCUGUGCCUGUUUGAGCCCUUUUGAGCCCAUUGUUGCAGCCACUGUGUCAUUGUUACAAUUAAUGAACCAAUAUUGAUACACUGUUAUUAACUAAGGUCCAUAGUCUACAUAAGGCUCACUCUUUGUGCUAUACGCUUCUAUUGGUUUUGAAAAAUGUAUAAUGUCGUGUUUCCACCAUUGCCCUAAAAUGCCCUGGGAGCCCUGGUGGCGCAGCGGUUAAGAGCUUGGCUGCUAACCAAAAGGUUGGCAGUUCAAGCUCACCAGCUGCUCCUUGGAAACCCUAUGGGGCAGUUCUGCUCUGUCCUAUAGGGUAGCUAUGAGUCAGUAUCAACUUGACGGCAAUGCAUUUGGUUUUUGGGGGGGAGUUUAAAAUGCCCUGUGUUCCACUGACUCGUCACCCCCCCGCCUCCAAGUCCCUGGCAACCACUGAUCUUUUCACUGCCUCAGAUAUCAUGUACUUGGAAUCAUACAGCAUGUAGAUUUUCCAGACUGGCUUCUUUCACUUAAAACCAAAAAAAAAAAAACAACAACCCACUGCCGUCAAGUCAAUUCCGACUCAUAGCUACACUAUAGGACAGACUAGAACUGCCCCAUAGGGUUUCCAAGGAGCACCUGGUGGAUUUAAACUGCAGGCCUUUUGGUUAGCAGCCAUAGCUCUUAACCACUGUGCCACCAGGGUUUUUCUUUCACUUAGCAGCAUGCAUUUAAGGUUGCCUCGUGUUUUUCCGUAGCUUGAUUGCUCAUUUCCUUUAUUGCUGUGUAAUACUUUAUCGUAUGGAUGUACCACAGUUUGUUUUUCUGCUGGAGGACAGCUUGGUUGCUUCCAGUUGGGGCAAUUAUGAAUAAAGCUAUAAAGAUUCAUGUGCAGGUUUUUAUGUGGACACACUUUUUCAAAUCACUUGGAUAAACACCUGGGAGUGUAAUUGCUGGAUCGUCUGCUAAGCUUAUACUGAUAAAUAAUAUUUGAAUGCAAUAUUUAUUUUUAAACAUCAAAAUCAAUGCAAAAAAUUCAUGAUGAAGAAGGCAUCAAAAUUUUAAGUAAAGGCAGCAGUGGUAUUAUGCUUUGUCCUUUUGUCUUUUUCUCCAGUAUAGCUUGAUACAGCACUGUUACUGAACCUGUCUUUAUGUAAAAUGUUUAUGUUCUGUUCAUCACAGAUGUUUUUACAUUCAUUUUGAUUUUUUAGACUAGUGCAUUAAAUGUUAUUUAUCUUGAUUACAUAUUGUUUUGACACCCCCUUCAAUGCUGCUUGUGAGGCCAGUGCCUCACUUGCCUUACCCCAGUCCCAGCCCUGAUUGGUUACUCAGUCCCACCUCCUCCACUUCAGAGGCACUAGAAUUUGGAAUAUCACACACUCUCCAAAGAGGAGGAGAAGGAAAGCCCCCUGCAGUGGAGACAUCGGGAGGGGCAGCUAAGAGAGGUGAUGGCCACACAACCGGAAGUCCCACAACUGAAGGAUUGUGUCGUGCAUCUCGGGGCCACCUGUGUGUUGAGAGUGAUGUUUCUGUGGGUGCCAGGUGGCCCAGCACGGCCACAUGUGCCGAGGUGUCUGGAUCUGCAUUUGCCUCCACAUGUUCCAUGUGUCUGUGCAUCCCCUGAGCUGUUUCUGAAUGCACGAGUCUCUUUGUACUGACCCUUGCAUUUUCACAUGUGUUUCUCCAUGUCACUUGUCAUGAGUGUGCCCAGCUUCCAUGUGGGCUCCAACUGCCAGAAGCCCCAGAGCUACACGCUUGCCAUCGCUGACUGCCAGCGAGUGUUUGAGAUAGGCCGCAGGGUCGGGCAUGACACGGGUCUCCUGGAUAUUGGAGGGGGCUUCCCCGGAGUGGAGGGCUCCAACCCCAUGUUUGAGGAGGUGAGGGGGUCGGCCCCAGGGAAGAAUGAGGGGAAGCCUGGUGUCCCGGCCUGUGUUUAGGGACCUGUGUGUGUGUGUGUAUGUGUGUGUGUACAGGGAGCUCCUGUAACUGUGAGUCUGUUGGUCUUUAUUCAAGGGUCUAUUGCCACCAUGCAUACAUGUCCUGUGUGCAUGUUUGAGCACAUAUGUGGUUCUGGCUCUGUGUCUUUCUUUAAACAUGUUAGUUGCUCUCCCUAGUUAAGCUGCAGGUGGGAAGGAGUUUGCUGUCCCCCAGGCCCAGGGAACAUUCCAUCUUGGCUGAUUGUUUGUUGCUUUAAAUAGUUCCAAAUUCAGACAUCUCAGCGUACCACAGUCUGUGCACUUGCUAUGUGAUCUUGGGCAAGUUACUUGCCCUCUCUGGGCCACAGUUUCUACCUCAGUUUCCUCCUCAGUAAAAUGGGGGAGAUAAUACUGUCUCCCCACCACACUGCCCCAGGGUGAAUGGUGACGCUGCAUGUAAACCCCU